AAAUGGAGAAUGGUCCCCAGGUUAACAAUGAGGACAUAGAUAGGUGCCUGUUUCUCGAAUUCUUGAUGUUCAUGACAUAUGAGACUAUGCACAACAAUAGAUCCUCAAAGGCUAGACAUGUGCCUGCAGAUAAAUGUUUUGCUCCUGCUAGCAGCAACACGAUCAAGAUUUUGGAUACUGGUUGAUCAAUGAAUUUUAUAACCACAAGAGAUUCUAUCACAGAUGUACUUACAGGAAAGACAUGAUCGGUGCCCUGCCAUAAAGCAAGUCCAACGCAAGGACACUAGCGAUCUACCAUUGUUUUCUUUCAGUUGCUUCAACCAUCACACCUGCAGCACCAGCUCAAAUCCCACUGGCAGCACUACAGAUAUUGCGUCGCAAUCAUCCUCAAGGAAGGCAGUAUCAACCUACUUCAGCCCGCACACGGCUAGUGAGCAGGCCACAUCUUUGAUAUGCUCAGCUAUGCUACAGUCCCCAAACAUAAAUUCUUUCAGAGCCAGUCAACAACUAGAGAGAGGCCGCUCCCCUAUCUCCAAGACAGUUUCAGUGGUUAUGAUGGAAGUUGUCAGUUUUUCAGCAGCGAGCAAGUAGUCCAGCAGCAGGGGUGCUCUGCUGAGAAAAUUGUUGCUGGUCAGUCAAUCGAGAUGCAUCAAGUACUUCCAUUUCUUGUGAUAAUUUUCGAGGAGGAAGAAGCAUAUAUGAUGUGACGCUUUUGGUGCCUUUUGAAGUGCCUAGUGGAGUUUUUACUGCCCGAGUAGGAUGUGACAUUCAUGUAUCAACCAGAGAUUCUUUCAGAGCCAGUCAUCAACCAGAGAGAAGCCCCUAUGCAAGCCAGUUUCAGUGGACAGACACGUCGACUCCUACAAUACUGGUUAUGAUGGAGGUUGACGGUUUUGCAGCAAGCAGUCGUCCAGCAGCAGGGGUGCUCUGCUGAGAACAUUGUUGCUGGGGCGUACCCAGUGCGAGUGCUCCCACGUUAUGUGGGGUCUGGGGAAGGGCCACGGGUGUUAUCUAGCAGCCUUACCCUUGCAGUGCAAGGAGGCUGGUUCGAACCCAGGCUGCCAGGCCACAAGUGGAAAGCUCUACCACUGCGCCAGGCACGCCCUUCAUGUUAAAAAAAUGAUACCAAGCUGUUGGCUAGAUAAUCUAGUCUCCUAUGUCAUGCCAGUUACAGAAUGCAGAGUUAUAUAUACUACUGUAUGGGAAGGUAAAAUUUUGCAAGCAAAGAGCCAGAAAUCAAGGUGCUACAAGUCUACUGAUGAAUACUUGCCAUGUUUUCAAGUUGUAUCUAUCCUGCACCCAGGAUCGGAAAGCGAUCUAAACAAUGAGAAAAGGACGUGAAAUUAAGAAAUUUACAUUCCAGUGCUAAGUAUUCUGGAAGAACAGCUUCCAUUGGUUCUGUUGCUGGCUGAUUUAUUCUUCUUAACAUUAGCUUGAGGUAUUGUUUCCUGCUGUAAUCUCUUCUUCAGCCUUCAUUAUUUCAGUUAAAUUUGUUAUGUGCUUUCAUAGUGUUUGGAAAUUGGAACAGGGCCCAUAUUCCUUUACUCAACAGGAGCAAUGAUGUCACGCACAUGUCCACACAUUGCAACCAUCUGCAUGCCAUUAAUAAAUGGAUGAUAUCGUACAAGUCAUCUGGUGAACUGAUUGUUAAUGGUUGCCAAGGUUUGGAAGGAGCCUAUAUAAAAGUGCAAAGGUCAAACAAGUGAACUCACAUGCUUAUAUAGAGGUGGUUUCUUGAAGACCUAGCGUACUCUAGCAUAUCUGCCAUUGCCUCAUAUCUGAAUAUUUCCCCAGAACACUUUCUUCCUCUCUCUUCCUGUGCCUCAUGGAGGAUUUGCCUGCUUUAACCAUUGCUCUUGUUAUUCUUAGCUUGGUUCUGUCAUACUUGUUACACCAGGUAUGCUUAAGAUCAGAGAACAUAAGGAAGAAACUGAGGCAGCAAGGUGUAAAGGGUCCCAAGCCUACCGUGUUCUUCGGCAACACCGGAGAGAUGAAGAGGAUCCAGCAAGAGCUCAAGAUUGUGCAGAUGCAAGAUGCCAACAAUUACUUGUCCACCUUAUUCCCUCACCUCCUUCUCUGGAGAGAAACUUAUGGCCCGGUGUUCAUAUACUCAACGGGAGCUCUAGAGAUACUGCAUGUUUCUGAUCCAGAACUGGUGAAGGACAUUGGUCGCUGCACGCCAUCAGAGCUGGGGAAGCCUAAUUAUCUAAAAAUUUCUCGCAAAGCCUUAUUUGGUGGAGGUUUGCUUACAGUGAAUGGUGAUGAAUGGGCCUUUCAGAGGAAGCUCAUCGCGCCGGAGUUCUUCAUGGACAAGAUUAAGGGUAUGAUAGAGCUGAUUGAGGAUGCAACUGCUCCAUUGUUGGAAUCAUGGGAGAGCAUUCUCGACAAUGUGGGAGGGAGUAGGGAUAUAGUUGUUGAUGAUUACUUGCGGAAGCUGUCAGCAGAUGUAAUUGCCAGGGUUUGUUUUGGGAGCAGUUUCACAAGAGGAGAAGAGAUAUUUUGCAAGCUUAGGCAGCUUCAAAAAGUUAUUUCUCAGCAAGAUGCCCUGGUGGGACUCUCUGCAUUUUGGAAGCACCUGCCUACCAGUGCCAACCGAGAAAUAGGAAAGUUGGAGGAGGAAGCUCGUUUACUGAUCCUGGAUGUCAUGAAGGAACACAAUAACAGCACAGACAAUGACCUUCUUCGCGUCAUUAUCGAUGGUGCACAAGGUUGUCACCUGCAAGGGCGUGAUGCUGAGGACUUCAUCAUGGGCAACUGCAAGGGCAUGUACUUUGCAGGGCAUGGGACCACAGAAGUCACCAUGAUUUGGUGCUUGAUGUUACUGGCCGCACACCCUGAGUGGCAGGAACGCGCCCGAGCUGAGGCUGCAGAGGUCUGCCAGGGAGGAGCAACACUUGAUGUCGACGCUCUACGCCGAUUAAGAAUCAUCACGAUGGUGAUCCAAGAGACUCUCCGGCUGUACCCUCCGGCAUCGCUGAUGAUGCGUGAGGCCCUGACGGACGUCAAGAUAGGCGGCCUGGACGUCCCCCGUGGAACGAUCAUCCAGGUGGCCAGAUCGAUGCUGCACCAGGACAAGGACGCCUGGGGCCCCGACGCCGGCGAGUUCCAUCCGGACCGGUUCGCCAACGGUGUGGCCGCGGCGUGCAGGCCGGCGCACAUGUACAUGCCGUUCGGGCACGGGCCCAGGACCUGCAUCGGGCAGAACCUGGCGAUGGUUGAGCUCAAGGUGGUGCUGGUCCGCCUGCUGAGCAGGUUCGCCUUCGCGCCGUCGCCGAGGUACCGGCACGCACCCGUGUUCCGGCUGACCAUUGAGCCUGGCUUCGGCAUGCCCCUUGUGGUGACAAAGUUGUGAUCAUCGCUCGCACCCUUGUCUGUAUGUGCUGCAAUGUUUGUGAUGCUACUCUUGACAAUGCGCCGAGUACCAAGCCUACCUAGUGAAAGUAAAACCGGUCAGGCACUCAGGCUGUCAGGCAGCUCUCCUGCAAUUAUGAAUUCUGUCUGUCUGAUUCUGAACCAAUUUGACCUGUCUAUGAAGCAAAAGCGAAAUGCCACGGUGCAUCGUGUACGUUCAAUCUCU